CUUACUCUUUAGUCUCCACUGCAUUUUGAAAGAGAUACACAGUGUUUUUACCUUUCUACUGUGUCACAUAGCCGCCCCUUGCUAAUAAGUAGUUGUUCAUUUCCUCUCUCUACUCCAUUGAAAACCCUGAACACUCUCUCGCUCUUCAACGAGGAAACUAGAAGGGUUUAACGAGGUGAAUUUCCCUAAAUUCAGGUCUGAUAUCGAAUUAAGACAUUACUGCAGCUAUGGCUCCUCUGAUACUAUAUGGGGCGGUUCCAAACAAAAAUGUCUUUAAGGUGCUCAUUGCGGCAGAAUACAGUGGUGUUGAAAUUGAAGUGGUCAAGAAUUUUGAAUGGGGUGUCACGAAUAAGAAUCCUGAGUUCCUUAAAAUGAACCCGAUUGGAAAGAUUCCUGUACUUGUAACUCCAGAUGGACCUGUUUUUGAGAGUAAUGCCAUAGCACGUUAUGUUGCUCGCUUGAAGGAAGGCAACCCUCUCCUCGGUUCGUCUUUGAUUGAAUAUGGUCAUAUUGAGCAAUGGAUUGAUUUUUCGUCGUUGGAGGUUGAUUCUAAUUUAUUGCGUUGGUUUUAUCCGAGAUUUGGUUAUGCUCCAUUUGCACCACAGGUUGAGGAAGCUGCCAUCGCCGGCCUCAAGAGAGCAUUAACUGCUCUGAACUCUUACCUUGCUUCAAAGACUUAUUUGGUCGGCCACUGUGUUACACUUGCUGACAUUAUCAUGACAUGCAAUUUGUCUAUAGGGUUCAGUCGUCUCUUGACCAAAAGCUUUACUGAGGAGUUCCCCCAUGUAGAAAGAUACUUUUGGACCAUGGUCAACCAACCAAAUGUCGCCAAAUUGUUUGGCGAGGUAAAGCAGACAGAUUCUGUUCCACCAAUUCCAUCUGCAAGUGUUCCUGCUCAGCCUAAAGAAGCUGAGAAGGCCAAGGAAAAAAGUGGACCGAAGAAUGAGUCUAGCAAGCCUAAAGCAGAAGUCCUUGAGCAGGAUGAAGCACCAAAACCUAAGACAAAGAAUCCUCUCGAUUUGCUCCCCCCUAGUACGAUGAUAUUGGAUGAAUGGAAGAGGCUCUACUCGAACACCAAAACUAAUUUCCGCGAGGUAGCUAUUAAAGGGUUUUGGGAGAUGUACGAUCCAGAGGGAUACUCUUUAUGGUUCUGCAAUUACAAAUACAAUGACGAGAACACUGUCUCUUUCGUCACAUUGAACAAGGUCGGUGGUUUUUUGCAGCGUAUGGAUUUAGCUCGCAAAUAUGCAUUUGGGAAGAUGCUUAUCAUUGGUUCAGAGGCACCCUUCAAGGUGAAGGGAUUGUGGUUGUUCCGUGGGCCUGAGAUACCCCAGUUCAUUAUGGAUGAAUGCUACGAUAUGGAACUCUAUGAGUGGACAAAGGUUGAUAUUGCUGAUGAAAACCAGAAGGAAAGGGUGAAUCAGAUGAUAGAAGAUCAAGAACCUUUUGAGGGAGAAGCACUAUUGGACGCCAAGUGUUUCAAGUGACGCAUUUGCCUUUUCAUCUCUUUUCUCAAGUUUGGGACUAUAGAGCUGAAUGACUGCAUGGAUUCUUUUUCUUAUUUUUCCAUGCAUCUUUUUUCCUUUGCAACAAUAGAACACUAUGUAUCAUUCCUCUACAAAUAGUGGCUGUUGUCUUUGCUAUGAUCAAGCUUUUAAAAAGUGUUUUCUGAGGCGCCUCCGGUGUCUUGAGGUGUCAAGCAAACAAAAUAGCUAAGAAAAAUCUUAGUCUUGUUUAUAAGGUUUGGUUACUCAAUU